AUGAGCGGUGAUGAGGACGAUUUGGAUGAGGAUGAGCAUGAGAUCGGUAGUAAUUGGGAUCCGACAGGUGAGGUGAGUUUGAGUGGAUAUGAUGCGGAAAGUGAUCUCCUUCAAUCACAGAUGCAUACAAGUGGACAGCUGAAUGCUGAUUUAGCGCUAAGCGACAGUGAUGAGGAUGACGAUGACGAGUUCAUAUCCGCCAAACGACCGAAACUCGACGAUUUAACCACUCUUUAA